AGGAUUCCUAGGGAUUUCCCAGGGUACUUUGUAAAGGCAUGGCGGGGAGAGUGUGAAUGUCAACAUAGAAGGUAAUCAGAACACUUGAAUUCAACCAAAAAGAGGACCAAAGAGAAGGGGCGGCGGACAGCAACUCCUUUCGGGAGACCUUUCGUCUUAAAAACUCUGCCGGAGCUCACGUUUCUGUCGAGCACGCCGUGCAGCCUUACCGGCGUGUAUGUGUGCCCUGGAUCACGGUCCGGCUGGGCGUGGAGGGGCCGGUGAGGCUUUGCUGGUCGCGGUUGGCCUCUUCCCUAAGUGGAGCGGGUUUCUGUGAAAAUGAUUUGUUUUUUUCUACGAGCUGUGCAGUAUACGGAGAGGCUGCACAGGUCCUCGGGGAAGCGCCUGCUUUUGCCACGCGUCGUCCUUAGUAAAGCUUGCCUGAAGACCGAACCCCGAGGGAGAUGGGGGCCGCCCGAGCGGAGAACGGUGCGGCCCGGAUGUCCCCUCGGAGUCCCCCGGAGGACCGUGUGGACGCAGGGACGAGGUCUCCAGAGAGCAAAGGAGGACGGCAGCAAGCAAGUGUCCGUGCACAGUCAGAGGGCGGAGACCGCCGUGUCGACGGCACAGAAAGUUAAAGAAGCCGGAAGAGAUUUCACCUACUUGAUAGUGGUGCUUGUUGGAAUCACCAUUACAGGUGGCUUGUUUUACGUGAUUUUCAAAGAACUUUUUUCUUCAUCCAGUCCCAAUAAGAUAUACGGGAAAGCCUUGGAAAAAUGCAGAUCCCAUCCCGAGGUGGUGAGCGUCUUCGGGGAGCCCGUCAAGGGCUACGGGGAGGCGACCAGCCGGGGCCGCAGGCAGCACGUCAGCUUCAUCGAGUAUGUGAGAGACGGGCUGAAACACGUGCGGGUGAAGUUCUACAUCCAGGGCUCCGAGCCCGGGAAGCACGGGACGGUGCACUCGGAAGUGAAGGAGAACCCAGAGAGCGGCGAAUACGAAUUUCGAUAUAUAUUUGUGGAACUUGAAGCCUAUCCUAAAAGAACUAUCAUCAUCGAAGACAAUCGAUCCUGAGAUCUCAAGAAGCCCGCGCGCCGCAUUCCCAGAUGCGUGCCACGCGGUGCGGACGCAGCCCUGGCCUUCGGCUCUCCUCCGGAGCCGAUCCCGGGGAGGCAGGAAGGGGACGGCUGGGCCACGCGGACGUAGCCGGGCGGUGGUUGCGUUUAGACGGCGGGACUAGAGCUGCUCCUGCAGAGGGAAGAGUCAUUCGGUGGCGCGUACUAGGUGGUCCCGGCGGGGUCUCUGCUCUCCUGAACGCCGUCCUUCACGAGGAGUUCUCAUUAAAAAGUCUGCAUCAUGUAAGAGAGAAAGUAGUUCAGUGUUUUAUGCUUUUUUAAUGUUUUAUAGCUACAUAAAGUCUGUGGAAUAAAACUGAAGCUAACACGUGA